GGCCGCCCGGGGAUGGCCGCCGGGGCCGCCCCCGCCCAGCGCCGCCGCUGCUGAGACUCAGCGGGGCCACGGCCCGGCAGGAUCUAAUCUGGCUACUGUGCUCUGGAAGAGGAGGAGAGCGAGCCAGCAGGAGAGAGAGGAGAGAGCGAGGACCAUCGCAGAUAACAAGCCCGCGCCAUGCAGUCCUUUCGAGAAAGGUGUGGUUUCCAUGGCAACCAGCAGAGCUACCAGCCGACUUCACAAGAUGCAUCACGCCUGGAGAAUUACAGGCAUCAAAGUCAGGCAGGGCCGAACUGCGAGCGGCAGAGGCUGGUGGCAAAGGAGUACUACAGUCAGCAGCAACUGCCUUACCCAGGCUACGAGAACAGCGCGGUGGAGAAAUACCACCGGGGGAACAAGCAAUUAGCAGGGCAGCAGCUGCAAGGCAGGCCAGCCUUUUCCAAUUACGCCGUGCAGGAGAACAGCCCUUACCCGGCCCGUUACUCGGGGGACGAGAGCCUGCAGGGCUGGGGCAGCCAAGCGCAGGCGCUGCCGGGCGGCGUGGCCAAGUAUGAGGACAGCCUGAUGAAGAAGACGGCGGCGGCGGCAGCGCUGGCGGGCGGGCGGCCGUACCACGAGCCUGCGACCACCCCGCUGCCCUUCCGGACUCACUUCCAGCAGCAGCAACAGCAGCAGCAGCAGGCACCACAGCAGCAGCCGCCUGCACUCCCCUACCCCAAGCUGCAGCGGCAGAAGCUGCCGAACGACGUCUCCUCACCCAUGCCCUUCUCGCAGAGCCCUCACUUUGGGCAGCACUCACAGUCCUUCCCUGCCUCCUCCACCUACUCCUCGCCACCGGCGCACUCCUACAAGAGCUGCACGGCACCCUCGGGGCAGCCACCGCUGGAGCGGCCCCUGAGCAGCGCUGCCAGUCUGGCCCCUGGCCCCCGCGUGCCCAACCUGCAUGGCUACCAGCCCAACCGCAUCGGCUACGAGCAGCCCCCGCAGCCCCCACCACAGCCCCCGCAGCCACCGCCGCCGCCGCAGCCCCCGCAGCCCCCGCAAGCCCCGCAGCCUCCACAGUCCUUGCAAGGGCGGCAUCACGGCCCGGAGACCCUCCACUACCAAAACCUGGCCAAGUAUCAACAUUAUAACCAGCCAGGUCAGACCUACUGCCAGGGCGAUGCGCCGCCCGUCCGGACCCCAGAGCAGUACUACCAGACCUUCAGCCCCAGCGCCAGCCACUCGCCGGCCCGCUCCGUUGGCAGGUCCCCGUCCUACAGCUCCACUCCCUCCCCGCUGAUGCCCAACCUGGAGAACUUCCAGUACAGCCAGCAGCCACUGAGCACCGGCACCUUCCCUGCCAGCAUCACCGACCACAGUCACUUCAUGCCGCUGCUGAACCCUUCUCCCACCGACGGGACGAGCCCUGAUGCUCAGUCUGGGAACUGCAAAAAUUUGCAGAAGGAGAAACUGCCUGAAAAUCUGCUGUCAGACCUGAGCCUGCAGAGCCUGACGGCGCUCACCUCCCAAGUGGAGAACAUCUCCAACACUGUCCAGCAGCUGCUGCUCUCCAAAGCGACUGUGCCCCAGAAAAAGGGCAUCAAGACCCCAUCAAGGACCCCUGAGCAGCUCAAGGGGCAGCACUGCAGCCCUGAGAGCAGCACCUACUCGGCAGAGCAGGUGGGGACCCCCCUGUCUGACCCACUGAGCACCCCCCAGUCCGUCCAUGCCGAGACACAGGACACUGAUUAUCUGAGUGGGUCAGAGGACCAGCUGGAGAGGAGUUUCCUCUUCUGCAACCAGAACCGCAGCCCUGCCCGUGUCAACAGCAACUCCAAGGCGAAGCCCGAGUCAGUGUCUACCUGCUCUGUGACCUCCCCAGAUGACAUGUCCACCAAAUCAGAUGACUCCUUCCAGAGCAUCCACGCCAGCCUGCCCCUGGAGACCUUCACCAAGUACGUGACCAACGAGCGGGACUGCCCCCGUCUGCUCCUCAGCGCCCUAUCCCAGGAGGAGCUGGCUUCUGAGAUCAUUGUCCUACAGGACGCCAUCAGCGAGAAGGCAGACAAAGCCUGGGCCAACUCACCCAUGUUGAGCAAGGAGGCCACCAAGUCCCCUUUCCAAAUGGAGAACCACCAUCCCUGCCUGGACUCCAUGGUAAAGGGUGCCUGGCCCAGCCAGGGCGACUCCAGCACACUCACUGAGCCUCUCAAGCUGGACAAGGCUUCAGGGGCAAGCACAGGGAAGGACUUUGGUGAGGAGGUGUAUGAAGGUCCCCAGGUGGAGUUUGCUGCCACCGAGACCAAGGACGCACUGAAGGAUGCUACCCCUCUGGCCUUCAACUCCAAGUCCAGCAUCCCGGCAGCCACGUCAAGCGCCGGAGCUGCCGGAUACAGCUGCUACUCGAACACCACUGCCAACUCGGUGGGGUCCGAGAACACCAUGGAGCACUUUGAGUGGCCAGAGGAGAGCCUGGGUGAGGCGUGCCUGCGGUGGAAGGAGCUGCAAGCCACUGACCUCCCAAAGGGCUUGUUCCCCAGCAAAUUGGGGGGCUCCUGCAAGGAGAAAAAAAAUGCCUGUGACUUGGAUCUGUGUGAUGGUGAGCAGCCAGCCAAGAGCGAGCCAGCUCAGGACUUCAGCCAGCAGGCGAUGGAGGAGGAAGAGGAAGAGACACUGACCUAUGAUGAGGCCACGAAAGCAGACAGUGAGAGGUGGCUGCAGGACACCCGGCACUGCUGCUCAGCCGGGGAUUUCAGCGAGAUCCCCAUCAUUUCCUCACCAGAGCUGAAGGAGUCGGACCUGGAGGCAGAGGAGUACUCCUCACUCUGUGAGCUGCCUGGCUCAGAGCAGAAGUCGGUGACAUACGAUGCCUCGUCACCAAAGCCCACAGAGAUGCCUCCUGUGCUGUCCUCCAGUGAGGUGCCCAUGUCUGCUGAGGAAACCGUCAGCACGGUGGAAAAGGAGAGCUCGGCUCCCACCCCACGCCUCUCUGGCCAGUCCAUCAUCCUGCUGGGCCCUGCUGUGGGCACAGAGACAAAGGUGAAGAGCUGGUUCAAGUCCUCCCUGCCCCACAUCCAGGCGGAGGACGAGAGUGGUGAGGGGGAGACGUCCCACCCAGAGGUGGCCAAUGCUGAAUCUGCCCCGUUGGUCAUGGUGAAGCAGCCGCUCGCCCCUGAGAGCACGCUGGGCAAGGCGGAACCGGUCUCGCGGGGAAAGAGCCUCCGCAACAAGAGGGUCCACUGCCGGCUGCCGGAGGAAGAUGGCCCUGGCAGCGCUGUGCCCAGCCCCUUCAGUGACUUGCCAGCUGCUGGUGGCAUGGCCAGUGCCUGCCUCAGGCCAGAUAGCCAGGUGGAGAUGCCAAGCAAGAAUGCCCAGAGCCAAACACCCCGGUUUCCAUCUGAGGGUCUGCCGGCACGCAUGUGCACUCGCUCCUUCACCGCCCUCGCUGAGCCCCGUGCCCCAGCACUGCUGGAGGGGCUGAAGGCCCCCUCACACCAGGAGAAGCUGGGGAAGAAGCCGGGCUGCGGAGUGAAGCAGCGUGUGGCUUUCAAAGCCAGGAAACGCAGUGGCCGGUCAGCCCCCAAGGUGGUCCAAAAUGCUGGCGAUGCCACCCUCUUAGUGCCAGGCUUGGUGACAGUGGAGGAGGCGGCAGGGCCAACACCACCAGAGGGGGACAUGGUAGAGGCUGGGGAGAGGGACCAGCGGUCUAUGAUCCUGCGCUCCCGGACGAAGACGCAGGAGGUUUUCUACACCAAGAGGCGGCGAGGCAAGCGGGCAGCUGAUGUCCGGCUAAAGAACUGCAAGGUGCCCAAAAAGCUCAUCUCCAAUAACCACCUCCCACCUGCCUUCAAGCUGGCAGCCCCGGGCAGCCCCCAUAAGGAGGGCAAAGUGGGUGCCAGGAUGAAGCUCCCCAAAGCAGGGCCAGGUGUGGGGGGCAAGAUAUCUGAGCGGUCCCUGCACUCACUGAAGAGGAAGUCUACCUUCAUCUCCCCCAUCCCUGCUAAGAAGAGGAACCUGGUCCUGCGGAGCAACAGUGGCGGCGUGAAGGAGGAGAAGCAGGAAGCCACCCCUAGCCUCUUCAAGAAGAUGCCAGUGGCCAAGAAGGUGAAAGCCAAGCUGCCCCCCAAGAGCUCCAGCGAAGCCAUCCCAAAGCCCCCCCUGCCGAAGGAGGCCCCUGACGUCUGCAUCAAGAUCACCUCCCGGGCAGCCUUCCAGGAGGCCACCAAGACCAAAGUGCUGCCUCCCCGCAAGGGCCGCGGCCUCAAGCUGGAGGCCAUUGUCCAGAAGAUCACCUCUCCCAACCUGAAGAAGUUUGCUUGCAAACCUGUGGCCACAGCAGCAGCGGCCACAAUGGCCACUUAUGGCACCACCCUGGGCCCAGCAGGGGCAGAGAGGGAGCGAGCGGUGAAGCACAGCGGGGUGGCCCCAGGUGAUAUGCGGCUGCACAAACCGGUGGCAGCACAGAAGAUGCCCGCUACGCCGAUGGCCGAGCAGCUCUGUCGAAACCCCAAUGGCCGGGCACCAAAGGGGAAGCUGAGUGGUGGAAAGAAGGUCUCUGCUGAGGGCUGCCAGGGCGAGGCCUGUGCCUCGGCCCUGGGGGUGCAGCCUGGCUCCACCAUCACGGCCAAGAGCCUGGGGCUUCUGCCCAAGAAGAGGAACCGAAAGGGCAAAGCGGCGGCGCUGGGCAUGGCUAAAGCACCCAUGGGCUCCACACCGCUGCCAACACUGCCCCGGGAGCGUGUGGCUGGGGCUGGUGGUGGUGGGGAGGAGGCAGCGUGGGAGGGGAAGAAACCAAAGAGCGAGGAGAAGGAGGCAGGGAGUGGAGAGAGUCCCCCAGAGGGACGCCCCACUGCUGGGCCAGCACGGGGGCCCAAGCCGCGGGCCAACCACUCCAACUACAAUGGCUACUCCAAGCGCCAGCGGAAGCGGCUGGCCCAUGGCAAGGCCAAAGCAGUGCCGGCGCGGUGCAAGAGCCGCGGCAAACGGCGGAGGCAGCAGUCCCAGCAGGCCCCGCUGCUGCAGCCUGCCGAGCCCGAGAUCCGUCUGAAGUACAUCUCCUGCAAGCGGCUGCGUGCUGACAGCCGGGCUCCCCACUUCGCCCCGUACAUCCACGUGGAGCGGCGUGGCGAGUUCACCACCACCUGCACCGUCAUCAACUCGCCCCUCGAGGAGGCCCGGCUGCAGCGGGGACCGUCGGGGCCAGCACCCCCGCCGCAGGCAGCCCUGCCCGCCUCCUCCACCAUGCACAUGGGGCCGGUGGUGUCGAAGGCGCUGAGUGCCGCCUGCCUGGUCUGCUGCCUGUGCCGCAACCCCGCCAACUACAAGGACCUGGGGGACCUCUGUGGGCCCUACUACCCCGAGGACUGCCUGCCCAAGAAGAAGUCGCGGCUCAAGGAGAAGGUGCGGACAGAGGGGCCGGGCGAGGACGCCGCUCCCCCUGUCGCCGCGUCUGAGCGGGCAGCCCGAGGGACGGAGGGCGGCUGCAGUGCUGGCAGCAAGAUGGCUCGGCCGGAGGGUUCUGGUGAGGCAGCCAAGCAGAGCUCGCUACGUUCCAGCCCACGGGGCAUGUUCCGUAGGCUGCAGAGCUGCUACUGCUGUGACGAGAGGACAGAGGGCGAGGAGGUGGCCGAAAAGCCCCGGCGGCACGAAUGUCACAAGGCCGAGUCCCUGCCGCAGGAGCCGGCAGGUGACACGCAGGAGCACUGGCUGCACGAGGCUUGUGCCGUAUGGACCGCUGGGGUUUUCCUGGUGGCGGGGAAGCUCUACGGGCUGCAGGAGGCCGUCAAGGCGGCUGCUGACCUGAAGUGCUCGAGCUGCCAGCAAGCAGGAGCCACAGUGAGCUGCUGCCAGAAGGGGUGUCCCCACACCUACCACUACACGUGUGCCAUCGACACAGGUUGCUUAUUAACUGAAGAGAGCUUCUCUCUCAAAUGUCCUAAACAUAAGAGGCAGCCGCUGUAGCCCCCACGGGCACCCACCAGUGAGGGACCGGCGGAGGAGGCAGCGCCCCGAGAGCAGAGAGGGGCUGUACCGGCCCCCCCCACUGCAGGUGGGCGCAGCGCUGCCGCCCCCCUCCCCGUCUGCCCCCUGCCCGAGCCCAUUUCGGGGGGGGCAGAACCAGCGCUGGGUUUUCCCCACCGGGCUCCCUGGAGAGGUGGAUCUGGACCCCCGGGAUCGCUGCUCAGGGGGGGCCGGGAUGGGGGGGGGGGAAUCCGGGGAACCGUGUCCACAGGGGUCCCGGCGAUGUUGUCUUAUUGUGGGGCUGUCGGAGACCCCCCCCCCGUGGGUCCUGGCUCUCCAUAUCUCACACUGAUCUGAUCUGAGAUGUUGCCUUCAGCAAACCUCAUGGUGUCUGUCUGUAUAUAUGUGCGGCGGAGAAAAGGGAAAAAAAAAAAAAGAACAAAAAAAAAAGAACAAAAAAAAAAGAGGAAAAAAAAAGAACAAAAAGGAAAAAAAAAAAAAAAAAAGAAAAAAAAAAAAGAAAAAACAACGGCCUGCUGUUUGGAACACCACUCUGCUUUUUCUGUUUCGUUCUUCCACCUCCUGUCUGCUCCCACCCUGCCCAUCCCUGGGGACCAGGUACCCCACUGGAGCUUGGGAUUUUUGGCUGCUCCAGCCCCACUCCCUCACCCUGGCCCAUCACACCCACCCACCCACCCACCCCCCUCCUGCUCCAUGGGGCACUGGCACUGCUGGGCUGGAGACACCCGGGGACCCCAAAACCCACCCUCCUCCUAGAGCACCUCUGUGGCUCCUCUCGUCGGGCACAGGCUUUUGCACUUGUGCAAACCCCCUGGCUCUGGGAGUAAACCUCAAUCUCUGGGUGCAGACCCCAGGGUUUUCUCCUGGUGCAAGAGAGGGUGCAAGCAGCCCAAAAAUGGCUCCCAGGUGACAGCAACUGGGUCCUUGCUGGAGGAGGAGGCGGCAUUGGCUUCCUCCCUCUGCAUGGCCCUGACUUGCUCCUUGCUGCCCUGGGAUCCCUCAGCUUUUGUUUCCCUUCCCAUCCACCUUUGGUGGAGCUGGGGGGGCUGCCCAGCACUGGGAUCACCCCCUGCCCAUACCCCUGCAGGGUGCCCUGCAUGACUCCCCAGUCCCUGCACCCUACACACCUUGGACCACCCCACCCCAGCAUAGGUAGAAAAUAACCAAACCAGGGUGAAUUCACCCUGAAUCCCAUUAAAAAAAAAAAAAAAAAGCUGCCAACCACCCCCACCUGUGUCCUGCAAAGAAGGGGGGGGGGGCUCUGGCCCCAUCCAUUCCCCUACUCUGUCCCUGCAGAGCCAGCGCCCCGUGUCCCCUCCAGCUGUCGCCUCCCCUCCGUCCCACCCAGCCCUCACCCUCAAGGUUUGCUGGCCACAAAAUGUCUGUCAUUUCAGCAGCUUGCCUCGGACACGGGAGUGAAAAACAUACAUUAAAAAUAAUAUUAAAAAAGGGGG